GCGGACCGCAGACGGGCCCUCCCUUCAAGUCUUUGAAACGAAAGACAAGGUUUCUGCUGGAUGCCAGUAUACGUACUAAUAAAACAGACCGGAGUAAUGGUGCCAUCUUUUGAAAUGAAGGGCAUUCUGAAGAGUAAAUUCAAGGUAUCCUCACAAUCAAAGGCGGAGAGCGCCACACAGAGCAGCUCCAUUGGCGCCGUGCGCUGGACUCUCCCUGAAGAGAGUUGCCAGGCCCACAGCUCAGCACCCAUUAGACCCGUCAAGAACAGCAACCCCUCCUCACACUCACAGCAACACCCUCGUCAGAGCAGCCUGAAGGACCUGCGCAGCCUGCAGGAGUGUGUCCAGUUCAUCAACCACUGGAUGGAACAGGUGGACCAAGUCUGCAAGAAGGGCAAAGACGACCCAGGCUCCAGUAAAAAAGAAGCCGAGAGUUCAGACCACCGCACCGAACGCAGUCUGGAGCAGAGCCAGAAACUCAUCCUGGAAUGGGCGAGCGAGCUCAACCACGUUGAUGAGUUACUGAAAGCGAGCUCCUGGGUGACACAGGAAGAGGAGAAGGAGGACGAUGAGAAAGAUGCCAAAGAAGAAAGGCAAAUGAGGGUGAUGGAGUGGGCCAAGGAGCUGCAUACAGCCACUGAGAGCUGUGGUGUGCAGAGUGAAGAGUUGGGUCAGAUGCUUCGUCUGCUCGGUCGGAGGAAGAAGAGGCUGGGGAAACUUCUGCCUCUGCUGGAGUUCAUCACCUGGUCUCUGCUAAAGGAGGACAACCUGAAAACGGUUCCACGGCUGUGGUUGCUGGCGAAACAACGCACCUGGAAAGCUGGGGUUCCUCGAUACAUCCCAAACUCAGUGUGGAGUUGGAUCUGCAGCGCAUCUGCUGAUGUAACGCUGGACCCGGCCACCAACCACCCGUGGCUGCAGCUGUCCAACGACCAUCGUAAGGUCCAGGAAGGCCUCACCAAGUCCAAUCUCCCUUACAGCCAGCAGCGCUUCGACAAAUGGCCCUGCGUCCUCGGCUGGGAGGGCUACAGCUGCGGUCGACACUACUGGGAGGUGAACAUAGCCAACAACGGCUACUGGCGUGUGGGGCUUACCACCGCCAACGCCAAACGCCAUGGCCGCUUCCCCAUGACCCCGCAGCAGGGCAUCUGGGCCCUGUGGCGCAGCACGCACAAUUUUUUCGCCUGCACCAAGCCAGAGAUGCUGCUGCCUUUGGGCUUGGUGCCACAGCGCAUGGGUAUCUAUUUGGAUUACGAGGAGGGUCAGAUCUCCUUCUACAACGCAGAGUCCAAGUCCCACAUCUUCACCUUCACCGGCACCUUCAAAGAAAAGCUGUACCCGAUGUUUGCCCCGCUGGACGGACGCACCCUCAUGACCAUCAUCCCGCCCCACAAGAUCUCCUUUGGAGCCUGGGACUCCACUGCCGACACAGGUGCUGAUAUUCGAAAGUUGACCUUCGGAGGAUUUUGAAUUUUGGAUUCAAGGAAAUUAUUUAUUAUUUAUUCUCACGUAAAUGGGCAGAAAUGUUCUGACAUUGUCAUUUGAACCAAUGCAUCCCUUCACUUGAAAUGGCACUUUAAAAAUAUGCUUUCAACACAAAAACAGGCCAGGUUUCACAAAGAUAAUAUUAUAAAUAUUUCUGUUGCAAAUUAUUGCUGUGAUAGAGUCUGAAAUUAAGAUUAAGAUUAGACCGGUCAAAUGGGUUGACCAAAAGAGCAUAGCAAUACAGUACCUACAGCAGAAUACGUAGGUAAUGUCAUUGUUACGGCAAAAAUGCACCCUAGCUAGUGGUCACGGCAUCCACGGGUCCAGCCACUCAAAGUCCGUUGAAAAGUUGGAAGAACAACUUUUAUUCCACAGGUGCCGCCAAACUGAAAACAAAUGCACUCUCUUAAACUGACAGUAGACAAUUACCACACAAUGGAUGAAAUAGCUUACUGUACACAUAGAUAUUGAACUUGAAGUCAACUUUAAUGAAAAACUUAUUUAUUCAUUAUGAUUAGUUUACUUUUAAUUUUCUAAAAUUCAAAAGUUAUAACUCACAUGUAUAUCCUCUAGGCAUGGUAUAAGAAAACUGAGAAAAAUAACCUACUCCUUCCCUCACACAGUCAUUUUUGCUGAAUUUGUACAUUAUAUACAAGGAUAUGGAAGUAAUGAUCUAUGUAAAUGUAUUUGUCUGUAUUUAUUCAGUUUGUAAUUCACUUUAAUGAUUUGCAUUAUAAUAAAAUGUCACUGUA